UGUUUCUGAGGCACUCAGAAACAGCUGGGCUGCUUUUGUAUUUUUCCCUUUGCCUUGCCUACACAAAUGUACUUAAUUUAGCCAAUUUACCCUUUUCUCCUUACAGCUCAGACUGCUGGAGCAAUUGAACUCCAAAGCUGAGGUCACAACAUUUUGGUGAAGAUUAGGAAAAAAAGCGAUGGGCAUGCCUGGUGUCAGCAUGGCUGGGCAGGUGGUCUGACUGGGCUGCAAGAGGGUUUUUUAGUGUGGCUUAGGCAGUGGGAUUUAUAAGGACACGUUGAAGUGUAAUUCAGUAAAGUUACUACCAUCUCUUUUGGCUUUGGGUCAAGAUCCACAGAGGAGGAUGAAGAGCUUCCCAGUAGGAAGUGCAGCCUGAGAAGUCAAAGGCAUCAGUGAUGCUGGCUCUUGCUCUGAAGAUGGCUUUGGGGGAAACAUGGGGGCAAUAAAAAUGCUUUUCAGCUUGAGCAGACCCCAGGCUCACCCAGCCUGCAGGUUUGCAGAGAGUGACCUCCACACAAAAAAAUCCCCAACAAGUGUCUGCUUUUGUAGUGUGCAGAUCCACCAUGUGGUGCCUGUGAGUCUUGGUCCCUGGCUAGAAACCCUAAGGCUGGCAUAAUGCUCAAGAAUAACAUUACCCACAGUGGAUAUUUCCUAAAAUCAAGGACUGUGGCAUAGAGCACUGCUGACAUUUUUCUAACCUGGAUAUCAUUACUGUUAUUAAAUUGAAAGAGAGUGACUGUGGGAUUAACCUGCAAAUAGAGCUAACAAAAUGACAAUUCAUAAUGGUUCUUGCAUUCCUUCAACAGAAAAAACUGCUUAGACAAUCUAAUGGAUGAAGAUGAGAAAGACAGGGCAAAGAGGGCUUCACGUAAUAAGUCUGAGAAGAAGAGGCGUGAUCAGUUCAAUGUUCUCAUCAAAGAGCUCAGCUCCAUGCUUCCAGGCAACACUCGCAAAAUGGACAAAACUACUGUGCUGGAAAAAGUCAUUGGCUUUCUGCAGAAACACAAUGAAGUCUCAGCACAGACGGAGAUUUCUGAAAUUCAGCAGGACUGGAAGCCUUCAUUUCUCAGCAAUGAAGAAUUUACUCAGCUGAUGUUGGAGGCAUUAGAUGGCUUCAUUAUAGCAGUGACCACAGGUGGAAGCAUCAUCUAUGUGUCUGACAGCAUCACACCACUUCUAGGGCAUUUACCGUGUGAUGUCUUGGAUCAGAAUUUGUUAAACUUCCUCCCAGAACAAGAGCACUCAGAAAUUUAUAAGAUGUUAUCUUCUUGUAUGCUUAUGACAGAUUCUGCCUCAUCAGAUUACCUAAAAACUGACAAUGAACUAGAGUUUUAUUGUCAUCUUCUGAGAGGAAGUUUGAACCCAAAGGAAUUUCCAACAUAUGAAUACAUAAAAUUUGUAGGAAAUUUUCGGUCUUACAGCAAUGUGCCUAACUCCACUUGCAAUGGCUUUGAUGAGGCUGUCCCAAGGGCUUACAGAACAUCCCCGGGAAAGCAAAUCUGCUUUGUUGCGACUGUUCGUUUGGCCACGCCUCAGUUUUUAAAGGAGAUGUGCAUCGUAGAAGAACCUCUAGAGGAAUUCACAUCAAGACACAGUCUGGAGUGGAAAUUUUUAUUCCUGGAUCACAGAGCACCGCCGAUUAUCGGGUAUUUGCCUUUUGAAGUGCUGGGUACUUCUGGCUACGACUAUUACCACAUAGAUGACCUAGAGCUGCUAGCAAGGUGCCAUGAACACUUGAUGCAGUUCGGCAAGGGGAAGUCGUGCUGCUAUCGGUUUCUGACCAAAGGACAGCAGUGGAUCUGGCUCCAGACCCAUUACUACAUCACCUACCACCAGUGGAACUCCAAGCCAGAGUUCAUUGUGUGCACACACAUGGUGGUAAGUUAUGCAGAUGUUCGGGUGGAGAGGAGACAGGAGAUGGGCUUGGAAGAAGUGUCCUCAGAGGUUGUGUCCUCAGCACUAAAGGACAGUGGCGCCAGCUUGGAUCCUGAACAGCACUUUAAUGCACUUGAUAUUGGUGCCUCAAUCCUCAGUGCUAGUCGGACACCCUCAGUGUCAUCCAGGAGCUCUCCAAAAUCUUCCCACACACCCAAGUCAGACCCAGCAUCUACACCAACAAAGCUGAUUACGGAGUCUAACACUCCCUUGCCAAGAACACCGAGCACACAGCAGGAUUUAUCCGUGCAUAGACUCAGCCAACCUACUGCUCUUCAGGUUUCUUUGCCUUCUCAGCUUCCAUGUGAGCUUCUCCCACAGCAGUUGCUGCCUCAAGCAACUCUGCAAAAUCAGCCUGCACCUCUGGCACAGUUCUCAGCACAAUUCAGCAUGUUCCAGACCAUCAAGGACCAGCUAGAGCAGCGGACACGGAUCCUGCAGGCCAACAUCCGGUGGCAGCAGGAGGAGCUCCAAAAGAUACAGGAGCAGCUCUGCCUGGUCCAAGACUCCAGCGUACAGAUGAUCUUACAGCAGCCAGCAGUGUCCCUGAGCUUUAGCAAUACUCAGCAGCUGGACCCACAACAGCUACAGCAGAGGUCAGGGGCCAUUUCUCAGCAGCAGCUUGUCCCCAGUCCUCAACUUCAAGGGCAAAUCACAUCUUCACAAACAACGAACCAGCAGUCACUGAGAGAAGCAAGUGUGAUAUCGAGCCAGGUAAUAAUUUCUUUGAAUAGAGAAGCAUUUAGAUGGGGCCCGAAGGCGGCGCGGAGCACGGAGCUGGCGCCGGGCGGCGGCCGCGCCCCGCCCCGCCCCGCGCCGUUCGCCUCAGGCGGCGGCCCCGCGGCGCCCCCUGGCGGCCUGUCCCGCGGCGGCACCCCCGCGCCCGCCGGCUGCAGCCACGACCAGCAGCUCAGAUUGUUGCUUAGCCAGCCUAUUCAGCCCAUGAUGCCUGGGUCCUGUAAUGCAAGACACCCUUCAGACCUCAGCAUGGCGGGAUCCCAGGCCAAGUAUUCUCAAACCCAACAAAUGUUUCAAAGUUUGGAAGUGCAGACUUCCAGCAGCAGCUCUCCAAUUGUACUGAUGGGACAAGCAGUGUUAAACCAAGGGUUCACCACUACCCCUCCUUCCCAGCCAUCCUCUCUGCCACCUAUGCAACUCCAGCACCAACAGCAUCAGCAACAACGCUACCUGCAGGUGCAAACACCAAGUUCUUUGCACAAUGAACAACCUGAUUCUUUGCUCCUGCCAUCUUAUUCACCACGGCAAGGAAAUAUGGGGUAUCAUCAGACACAGCAGCAGCAACAGCAACAACAACUAACAUCAAGAAGAAGGAAUAGUUUAUCAGAAUCAUCAAAUUUACCACAGCCACUGCGAUAGAGUCCCACCAGCACAAUCAAUGCACAAUUAGCUUUAACCAAUGGGCACAUGGGGCAGAAGAGAAUGACUUUGUACUUACUGUUCUGGCUUUUGCACAAGCAUUUCUUUCCAAGCUCUAUGACAGAAGUACACCCAGAGUGCAGACUGCCACAGACAGUGCGUUCAUGGCACGCUGGCUUCUGUUUGCGCUGUGUCGUGAGCACAGGAUGUACUGACAGAGCAAAAUCAAAAGGAGCACUAUCCUGUGCGGCCUCCAUCACCACUGGGAGCAUGGGAAGAGACGUGUCACUCUGGAAGCCAUCUGGCAAUUCCAAAAGACUGUCGACAGACUCAUGAGGUACUUGGCCUUCACUGUUUCAGUUCUUCUUUUGUGUAUGAAAAGCACUGCGUCAAAGGUCUAUCAAGGAGAGAACAAGAGAUUAUUUUUAUUAUGAUUAUUGUUAUUAUUUUGCACAACUGCACAGAUGACAAAACCUAGGCACUUUCUGUAAAGAGAAGUUUGUUUCUUUAUUCUUGUGGCCAAAUUAGCACAUCCAAUGGAGGAAAAAGCCCAGCCAUUGGUGAAGAUGGUCUACAGCUCAUAACGCUUGAUUUAGAAUCUGAGAAGUAUUAUGCAGCUUACCCUAACUGUUCUUCAUUACUAAAAACCAACCAACCAAAAAAACCAAACCCACAACCCACACUGGACUGUUUUCUACAUGAAUUGUGAUUGCAAAGGAGAACUCAAAUUGUAAGCACAAUCAUGCAACUCUCCAAUAGUACAACAUUAAUCCUUCUUCAACCUAAACUCACCCACUCCAAGUCUCUGAGAAAUAUGCACUGUGUUUUGGCCCACUGACUCGGGAUGCUGCAGACUAUUACAUAUCUCUUUCAUGAUAACAUUUAGGAUUAAAUUUUCCUUUGGAGGAAAAAAAAAAAGAAAAUGCACUUUUCGCUUUUUUUGUAUGUUUUCCGUUGAUAUGUUUCUAAGAAAGAUUUUAUGUAAUUAUUAAAUAAAAAGUAGUGUAUUGUACAGCUGUUGUAAUAAUGACCUAUUUCUAUAUAAAAUAAAAUUAUAUGGAAUUAUGUGGAAAUUAUUUUGUAUAUGAAAUAUCAACUCAUUUCACAAGUAUAAAGAUUGUGCUUGUGCUUUUUUGUGAGUGGGUAUUUUGUAAUAAACUAAUGAAUUAGAAAUGUUUUUGUGAAGGGAACUACUGUUUCAUGCUAUAUACAACUCAGACUAUUAUUUUUUUCCAUUUAAUGAUGGACAGUUGUCUUUAUUUGUAGAAUAAAAUAAAAUAGCCAAAAGGCUUUAUUGCAGGACUUGCACACA